AGGACGAAGAAGCCAAUUGUUCGAAUAGCAUGCAGUUAUUCCGGAUGGCCAUCUUCAAUAAUUUAGAGAAGAUAGCCAAGUCUGUGAGAAACCGAUUCAUGGGUUAUUGGUAUGGCGAGGCAGCGGGUCGAAAGGUGGGAGGGAUCGGCAUCGUCGAUGACCUAAACGCACGGCUCGGUGUUACUUGAUGUCAUUGGCCUCCGCGGUUCGUAUGUUAAUUCCCGACCCGUCGUCGCUCACGUGGCCACUACGUCCGCGUUAAUCGCUCGCGAUCACGUCGUCCGCGAGUUUUCGCGAUAAUCUGCCAAAUCGAUGGUCUGUUUCGGCGUCGCCUGGCCUUUCAGGAAAGCCUCCUUCGCGAGGAUCCGCUCCACCAGGCGCACCAGUUGACCUUCGAGGAAUUCCACGAAGCGUUCGAGGAAACAAAGAGAGCCCCCGUCGUGAUCACCAGCGCGGGACCGUCGGUCACUCGUGUAGUGUAACGUCCCGCGUACGUGCGUGCGUGCGUGCGUGCAUGCGUGCGGACGCGUAAUUGUGAUGGCAUGAAAGUUGGCGAAGAUGAGUUUCUCGAAAUAUUUACGUUUCUCAAAGCGGAUCCCAAAGCCACGAAGUUGCACAAGGUCAUGAUAAAAGAUCUGUAUAGCAGUAUGAUGAAUGAUUUCGAAGAAAUAUUCAAUGAAGUUAGUUUGGAGAAUGCUCUAACUAAAAUAAGCAGACUAUCGGAAGAAAGCGCAUUAUUACCUAAAGAAGACGCAUGGCGUCCACCGGGAGAUGUAACUUCCCACAUGAAAUCAUUGGAUGCAGAUACGAUGAAGAAAGCGAUCGAGGAAUUGAAGAAGGAAGUGAACGAAAUGGAAAAAGGAAACGAAGCUCUAAAAAAAAAAGUUAUGGAAGGUAGAGCGAGAAUAUGCACUUUGAAUGAGAACAUAAGGAGACAUUUAAAUAACGCACCCGUCAUAUUAGGACGUUUAAAGAAAACGUAUGAUCAAUUAAUGACUAGUUUUGAAAUAAUUGAAAACGAAUAGUUUAAAGAUAAACCUUUGAUAUUUUUAAAUAUAUAUAUAUAUAGAAAUAAACAAAUAUAAUAACGGAUUUUUAUUUAAAAAAUAGUA